GCACCCAGGCCAACUUUAUUCCAAAAGAAGUUGUGCAUCUAAUACACACCCGCAUCGAUUCACCCAUUGUGUCGCCGCGCUGUAGAACUCAUAAGCUUAAGUAUAAAACACUCGAUGUUACAGCAGCAGUAGAAGCAAAGCAAGUUUCUGCGCGCGUACGGUCAUGGUGGUCCUUCGUCCAUUCAUCUACACUUCUCUACUGUGUGUAGCAAAUCUCGCGGAGGCAGAAUGGUUUCAUGGCCUUCUUGGGUCCUCUCAUCGACGCGUAGCCGCUCGUCAUCCAGGAAACCCAAGGCAAUUCAGUCAACCUCCAGGGGUAGUGAGAUAUGCACCUGAAUCUUCUGCUUCUCAAGCAUCCAGUGGCAGCGGAACGUCGACGUCGGGAUCUCAAACGGUUGAGACACCUUCGGCUUCUCUCGUCUCUACCUCAGGUGUUCAAUUUACGACUUCUUUCACGCCCACCACGAGUGCACAUGCUAGUAAUCCAACCCAAGCACUAAAUUCAAGCGCCUUACAAGAUAUCACCACUAUCCACUCUCGAAGAUUGGACACGAUCAUAGACAGCAUCACAGGUGACCCGAGUAAUAUAUCAACUUGGCUCACAGAUCUUCAGGGAGAUGGUAAAUGGCCGGACUCUGAUGUCGACUAUACAGUUGGCUGUGAUGGUCGAAAAGCAAGCUGGCCAGCUGCAGAUCACUGGGUUCGCAUAAGCACGAUGGCUGCUGCUUGGCAUGGGGGACUCCAAGGCUACGAUCAAUACGUUAACAGUUCGACGAUAUUCACUGCCAUAGGCAAUGCCAUGAACUACUGGUUCAAUAACGACUUCACGAAUGUCGGCUGUCUCGUUGAAGGAGGCACCGACAGCUGUCCUUGCGGCACACCUGGUUUCUGGAACACGAACUGGUAUGCCAACGUCAUCUUCAUCCCCGGUCUCGUUGCAGAGUCAUGUUUGCUCCUCAACGACACCCUGACACCUACACAAUUAAGCAACUGCAGUAAUAUCUCCCUACGUGCGUAUGGCGUGUUCGAUCAUGGAUACAGCUUUGAGGCUGGAGCAAACAUCCUGGACAUGGCCAAAACCGGUCUAGAUCAAAGUCUUCUAGUGUCCAAUGUUUCUUUGCUCUCGGACGCUUACAGGAGAGUCCAUGACACCAUCAUCCAGUCGGACGGCUCCUUCAGUCAGCACCUCGGGUUGCUUUAUAAUGGAAACUACGGGAAGGACUUCUCCAAUGGUGUCCUCGUUUUCGAGACCGCAGCAGCCGGAACUUCAUUCGCGGCUGACAGUAAGGCAAGGGCUACUCUCGAGACAUUGGUCGACGGAAACCGAUGGAUGAUAAAUUUUAACGUCGAAACACAGGUGUUGCACUGGGAUCUUAGCCCAGUGGGUCGCUUCAUAAGCUCACCGGUGGCCGCUGGCCAAGCAAGUUCUGGUAUCCUAACAAACCUCUCAAAGGUGGAAGAACUUGGUGAGAAUUGGAAUUCGGACGUUCUCGUUGACUUCGCAAGAAGUCUUUCGUCCAAUAUAACCCAUGCAAACGUGGGAGGAAUACUUGGAAACCGUAUGUUCUAUAAGAAUGAUUAUAUGGUCACUCGGGGUCCUGGCUAUGUCACGUCUCUCAACAUGUACUCAACAAGAACCCGGAAUACAGAGUGUACGAACUCACAGAACCUUCUUGGUUUCCAUCUCGCGGACGGUGUUGUUUACACAUACCUCCAAGGCAAUGAGUAUGAAGAUAUAGCCGCUGUUUGGGAUUGGAAUCUCGUCCCUGGUAUCACCGUCGACUACAAUGCCACCGUCCUCGACUGUGAACAUACCAAAUAUAUCGGAAAGGAAGCAUUUGUCGGUGGUGUUAGCGACGGACAUGUCGGCGUCGCAGCGAUGCGUUAUACCAACCCCAUGACCGGGUCCUUGUCGUGGCAAAAGACAUGGUUCUUCCUCGAGCACGACGUUCAGUAUGUGAUGAUCGCCAACAUCUCCUCGAAGACGGAUGCCCCUGUGUUUUCUGUUCUUGACCAAAGACGUUUCAGCGGGCCUGACGUAUUUGUCAAUGAUAUGAGAACUUUCGGAGGGAACUUCACAGACCCCCACUCGUUAUGGCACGGUGACGUCGGGUACGAGUUUCGAGGAGUCAAUGGAACUUAUGAACUGUCCCUCGAAUGGAGCAACAAGACAGGUGACUGGUCCAGCACAGGUAUAUUUUCUGGUCAAGAAACAGUAGAAUUAUUCGCUGCUUGGUUGCACCACAAAGACCGCAGCGCCCCCAUCUCCUAUACUGUAUACCCUGCAGUUGACUACGACACAUUCGUUCUCAAACGCGCAUAUACUCACUUGACGGAGAUUCAGAACAACGCCUCUGUGAGCGCUCUUUUGGAUGAAGACCACUACACUGUCUUCGGUGUCUUCUGGGACGCAGCGGGCGGUUCAUUCACAUUCACCGACGAGGUUUACGGUUCUAUGAAAAUCGAAUCAAGUGCUCAUGCUGUUUUCAUCUAUUGCAUAGACACGGGGAGCAUCACUGUGGCUGAUCCGUCACAAAGUUUGUCGAAUUUGACCCUCACAAUUUCCGUGGAAGACGAACUGGAAGGACCUUGUGAAUGGGGAGGAGAGAACAGUGUUACCGCGCAUUUUGACAUGACUAGCAGCAUUUUUGCAGGCAGUAGCGUCAGCCAGAACCUGAAUUACUGAUAAGAACUCUAUAUAUCAACAUAUGCUUACCCUCACGCACAUUUAUAGAUAUUUCUGGUCGUACAAUCAUUAGCGCACCUGGAUACUCAUCAUGACAUACUCCA